AUCAAGGGAAGCGACGAAAUGCGUUGAAAACACAAUUCUUUUCGUCCUCAAACCAUUUUAUCGAUGGCGGAAAAGCAGCAAGAGAGCCUAAUUCGCCAUGAAAUCGUUUUAAUAAACGGUGUUCAUACAAAAAUCUCUUGUGCAAUUCCAGAAGUUGAUAACGACCGAUUCUGUGUUGUAGUAAUCCCGGGUAAUCCCGGCAGCAUUGAAUUUUAUGACAUUUUCAUCGAUACUCUCUUUAAAGAAUGUGGAAAGAAGAUUCCUAUAUACGGCGUUGGACAUGCAGGUCAUUGUCAAUUAGAUGAGUCUGGAAUGUUCAGUUGUGGUCGACCAAGAACUGUCGAACACGAGCAACAUCACGCAGUAAUGCACUUAGAGGACCAAAUCUCUCACAAACUCUCAUUUAUUGCCUAUCAUUUACCACAAGACUGCAAAGUAAUCCUCGUUGGRCACUCAGCUGGCGCAUACAUAGCCCUGCAGAUGAUGAARCGYUAUCACRAUAAGGAYAAAUUCAUUAAAGGAGUUCUACUUUUUCCCGCCAUUGAGCACGUKAUGGAGUCGCCCAGYGGUCGACUUUGGUGGGUCGCGUGUUUUUACUUYCAAUGGCCRUUCUUGCUYAUGACUUUCUUUUUUUCCUUGAUGCCGUCUUUCUUUAAGAAGUGGUCCAUUGGAUGGUGGAUGCACUUAAACAAACACAGCUCAAAGGAUAGUAUUGUCAAUGCAACCCAUGCUUUYUUGAAUUAUCGCUCAAUGGAAAACAUGUUAAAAAUUGGACGGGACCUGGGCACGAUUAAAGACAUUGACGUCGAAAGCGUCUCGCAAAAUAUCGAGAAACUUACUUUUUAUUACGGCGCACGUGACCCUUGGGUUCCUCGGUCGUGUUACGAACAGAUGACGAAGCGAUUUCCCGAAGCAGACGUCAUGAUCUGUGACGACGACAUUCAGCACGCGUUUGUAUUAGAUGCAUCAGAGACAGAAAAACUGGCGCGAAAAGUUUGGGGAUGGCUUGAGAAAGAAUUCACAAUGGUGUAAUAAUUCAGUCUGAAAUUUUGUUCCAGGAACUCACUUCUUCACUUAUACGCCGGCGGUCGAUAUUGAAUGCCAAAUAUUGAACGAGAUAUUUGCAAAAUAAGGUGGCUGUAAAUAUAUUUUGUGAAUUGAUUGGUAAAUUGAUUGAUUGAUUGGUUGUUGUUUGGUUGGUUGAUUAAACCGCGCUACUAGUAAUUAUUUAAAAGUAUUUAAAACUUUGAUAUAUGCGGGCAUUUCAAACCCUAUCCGCAAAAUAUAUAUUUGUAUUGAAUCAAUGAAUAACAACUGAUAUUGCAUGAUGAAGUAUAUCUAUUUUGGUCCGUACUCAACAAUGAGUUUUUGGAUUCAGUUUAAUUUUGUAUAUUAAUAAAAGUAAACUGUUUUACUCGGGA